AACGUAGAACUUAACCUAACCUAGUAACCUAUCUUUUUUAAAAGUAAACAUGUUGAAGUCUUUAUCUCUCGUCUUGUAACACCGAAUUUACUCUACGUUAAAUUAUUUCAAAAUUCCGUUGCAUUGCAUGUGUCAAUUAUGAAACCUAGGAAGAUUGUGGGUCCUGUUUUUCGAAGAUCUUGCUCAUGUAUUUCUGAGUGUAGAUCUAACAAUUCCAAUGAACAUUUUCGAUAUAUCAUUGAAAAAUGUAGUGAAACUACUGAGUGUUGUCUUCAGCAGGAAUCCGUCAAAAGACUUUCAGAGUACUUAAAAUCUGCACUGGAAAAUGAAGAGAAAAGUAAAGCAAGAAAAUUGCUUGCUCAUAUGUAUUUAUCUUGCACUGCAAAGCAUCCCAUUAAAAAGUCAGUAACACGUAUUUUGCUACCUUAUGAAGAUAAUCACGAAUUAUGUGAAGAAUUCUCUAGGUCUAUGAAGUGUAUGAUACAAGUACACAUAAAGAACGAGGAUGUAGAACGGGAAGAUACGGAUCAUUUUAUCAACUCAUUAUAUACAAGUUUUGACAUAUUAGCUGCUAGAAUUGCAAUUUUGGAAAAUGUGCAUGAAUUAUUUAGUCGCUCUUGUACGUUUCUGAAUGAAUUAGUGGAGAACUUGUGGGAACGCUCUAAGGAUAUUUUAAGUUCGCAGUUGUUACACACUUACCUGUAUAAUACCACAAAAUUUCUUCUGUGUCUUUCACAAAAUUAUAACACCUCAAACAUUAGUCUGAAUGAUAAAAUAAGUUUAAUCAAAAGUUUGUAUGAACUAAUUCUUCAUAUAAAUGUGGCAUAUGAUGUGAAAUGUAACAGUGGUCACAUGAUGGUGAUGUUAUGCAGUACAACACCUGAAAUGUUUCCUGAUGGUGGUUGGUUUAAAGAGCAUCCUUAUCUUGAACUGUUAAAAGAGACUGGAAGCUCAGACUUUUUUCGUCAUCUGGGAAUGAGAGCUGUAGGUGACGCCUCAAUGAAGGAGCUCUUAAAUGUGUGUCUGUAUAUAGGAAUUUCUAUUGUUGCUCCAUCUGACGUAUUAUACAAAGGUAGAAUUGGACAUGAAAUCAUAUUGUGCUUCAUGUUACAAAAGUUGAUUCGUUCAGCUACAAGUUCUGGUAUUAAAACGAAUAUCUCCCGAAUGAUGGGCAUUUCUAAAGCAAUCACCACGCUUUCUUCACAUCUUUCUUACUUAGAAGUUGAUGAACUAUCCAAUAUCUACAGACAGUGUUUAGAUUACAUAAACGUUUACAUUGAUGAUGUUCCUGAUGUUGUCAAAAAUAAUACUCAAGCAAUGUUCAAAUCUCUGAUAAAAGUUACUCUCAAAGCUAAAGCUCAAGGAUGCUCAGAUUAUUUUAAUACACUAUUCAAAUGGGUGAACGAUCUUGGGGAGUGCUCUAAUUUUUAUGCCAUUAUUAUGGUUUUAUGUUCCGAAGUUGGUUGCAGCGUUGUGCUGCAACAACAUAGUAACCUACCUGUGCAGAUGCUUGAUGAUGUUAUAUGUUCCGGAAAAGCAGCAAAUGUAGUGACUAGUUAUGAAAGGUUAAUGAAAAUACAUUGGAAGGAAGUUCAAUCUUAUGAGCAAUGGUUACAAGCGUGGGUAGAAGAAAUUGUAGCACGUUUAGCAAAUUCUGAUGAACCACAGCAGAUAUUUCAAGAACUGUUCAUAGCAGCUUUCAAAAUUGAUUCCAAAGCAAUAACUUCAUUAAUUAAGAAGCAACACCUCAGUACUGAUUCUGAAAUAUUGGCACUACUGGGCUGUAUUCACUAUUGUCGCAAAAAUGGAAUAGAUGUUAAUUUAUCUGGUUAUUGCACGAAGUCCAAUGGUUUCUGGCGGAAUUAUCUAGAUUAUCAGACUUUAAACAUUUUGAAAACUCAUUUAAAUGACGAGAUCAGAAUUUGCAUAUUGGCCAUCGUUGUAAACAGUCAUAGUAGCACGGAAGUCUUCAGUGAAUGGGAGCUAAAUUUUUUGAUUGAGUAUUGUUACUACAAUGUAAGUGUACCCAAUGGCAGUUUCCGUCAAAAGCUAAUUUCGUGCACAAAGAAAGUAAUGAUGCGCAUUAAAGACGUUACAAAUGUCUUUGAAAAUAAAAUACUAUCCGCAAAAUCUCUCAGUUCAGACGACUUGAGAGAGAAAUUAUUACAGAAACUGAGUGCUGAUGUUACCCCAGUUCUAACUGCUUAUGCAAAUUUUUGGAAAUUCCUCUUUGGAAAAGUACUACUGCCUGGUAUUUAUUUAGACUCCAAUUACGACCGAAAAGCAACCUGUUUGGAAAUAUUGUAUUUCAGUUCGACAAUGAUGCCUAAACAGAACUUUGAAAAAUUGUGGAAGCACGGCGAUGUCGAAAAUCUAAAGCACAUCUUGGAGUAUGACACCUAUGAGCAAAACAAGGAGACUGCUUCAAAAUUAUUAGCCGAAUUCUCCACAUCGUUCUUUAAUUUCAAUGACAAAGAUGUCAUCUCUACGUAUCUUGAUCAGUGCUUAUCAAUGGCGCUGAAUAUUAAACCUUCCCGAACAAUUUCUGCCGCAUACAUGAUAAACCUAAGUCUUAAAGUACCGGGCAUAUGUGAUAUCAUUCUUCAGAAAAUCAAAAUUCGAGAUCCAACCAUUUUCAAGGACAGCGAAAAUAUUUUAAGUGAUGCAACAUAUUUGAUGGUUGUUUUGUUGGAAUUGGAAUUGCGAGAUUGCUUGCGAAGUGCUCAAGAGCACAUCCAUCAUGCAGUUACAACUAAGCCAACGCACGGACUUUUAUUUAGUAUUAGAUAUAUAUUAAAAAAUUUUAAUCCGAGGAAAAAGUGCAGCUUUCUUUAUUGGAAGAUGUUGAUAAAAAGAUUAAUAUUCCUUUGUCUUGAAGUUAGUGAAGUGGCUAAUACCAUAGUUUGCAAUGAUUCACCUGAAGGGUAUGUGCCAGAUGAUUCCGAUGUUUACAGUGAUGAUACCGCUAAGUCACAAGUUGUAACAGUCUAUGGAUGGCGGGCAACGAAAGAAAUAUCGCUGCUAUUUGGAGAGCUUGCACAAUUUUCUUCUAAUAAAGAUAAUGGCGCGCUCGUAAAUGAGGACCAGCUACGGUGUCUGGGGAAAUACUUUUUUGAUUUGCUGAUCAAUACCAAACAUCGUGGUGCUUUUGAGCAAGCUUCUGUUGGAUUUUCAAAUUUGUGCUCUGUAAUUUGGAGAUUAGAAGGAACAUCUGUUAGUUCAUUACCAGCACAAUGGCUUGGUGACAUAACUGCAAUAUUAAAUGGUGCUUCAUUCGAAGGUGUCAAAUCAUGCGAAACUCGUCGAAGUGCAGGCAUACCAUUUAUGGUGCAGGCCAUUUUAUCCACAGAACCUAUUACCGCAAGUAGCAAACUGUUUGAAAAAUGUAUGAAUGCUUUAUUGGACAUUUGCGGCAACAAUUCAUUACCAUUCGAGCAGCGAGUACUUGGACUAAAUAUAUUAAGAGCAUUAUUCCGUCAUAACCAGUUAGGCGAAGUAGUGAUGCCACAUUGUGCUCAUGGACUAAAAAUUGCAAUAAGGGGUUUCAGUUCAAGUGCUUGGGGUAUACGUAACUCUUCAACUCUUCUUUUCUCUGCCCUUAUUAUGCGAAUAUUUGGAGUUCAAAGAUUGCGUGAUAUGGAGCUAAUCAGCAUAAAAAAUAAGAUGCAAGGUCAAAUAUUUUUUGUGCGAUUUCCAGAUCUUUUCAAGUUUUUACUAGAACAACUUGAAGUUGCAUCUCAUGAGGUGUAUCAUCCGUCCUUAUACCCAAUUUUACUUGUUUUAAAUCGGUUAUAUUCCAACAAAGAAACAUUAGAUCGAGUACAUUUAGAUGCGUUUCUACCCUACAUGGAAUUUUUUUUAAGUAAUCCAUCACAUAAAAUUCGUAAUUUGGCUGCUCAAGCCACCGCUAGUUUAAUUGAAAUAAAUAAAUUACCUCAUGCUGUUGUAUCAACUAUAGUGAGUCUUACUGAUGCUACAAUAUCGAAUAAUUAUUGCCAUGGACUUUUGCAAAAGUUCCACUAUCUUCUGCAUUCGCCUUAUAACACUAUACCAUAUAUAAAUAUUGAAAAAUUUGUCGAAGACACAUCAUGGAUUCUUUUACUUUGCGGUCAAAAUGUGCAAUGGAUUACUGGAGUGUAUUAUUUGGAGACGUUGCUUCAUUUAAUCAUCAGAUAUGAUCCAGACUUUCACAAUAUUAAAGUCUUUAAAACAAUUAUGAAAAUUUUAUGGUUUCAAGAAGAACAAGAAUGGAUAAAAAAUGUCACUAAAAAGUACAACGAACGCGUACUCGUUCUAAAACUGGCAUACAUUUUACAUGUCAGAAAUCAUUCCGGUUCGUUAACAGAAGCCGAUUACAAAGAAAUAAUAGAAGGCGAUCUAAGUAACUAUGCUCAUUUGCAACAUAUGGCAUUAGUGUACCUUAAUUAUAUGAAAUUUAUGGAACCUGUGUAUAAAAAUUACGAAUUAUGUUUGGAAGACGAUUCGGAAUACUCAGUUAUCUGUGAUCAUUUUUUGAAACCACUAAGUGACGAUUCAAAAUCUUUUUUAUAUUCUAUUCUGCUUAGUACUCUGUGGAAAUCGAUUGAAGAUAACACAGAAAACAUUCAUUGUGCCAUUGAUACCUUAUUGUUGCACGAUUUAACAGAUUUGCAAAAAGCUACAGUUUAUCAGCUUAUACAGAACAACGCUAAGAGAUAUAUGAAAAGUUCAGACGAGGAAUUUUAUUGCUUUAUUUUGGCUUACUUAAGUAAUAAUAAUUGUAAUCAGCGUGGUAAUUUUGGUAAUUUGAUUCAUGUGUUUCGCAAAUGUGCUUCACCAAUAGCUGAAAAUUCACUUCGAUUGGUUUUAUCCAAGUUUUUGGUAGCAAACCGUAGGUUGUUUUAUUGGACCGAUAGUAUAUUGCAAGGAACAGAUUUAUAUCAAAUAUGGGAAAUUGUUUUUACUUUACUCGAAGAUGAUGAUGAGGAUGUUCGUAAUACCGUCUGUCAAUUAAGCCAACAGAACUUGGGUGCAGAUGAUUCUAAUUUUUCUCUAUUGUUCCAAUUGAGAGUUGAUAUUCCAGAGUACACAAGAGACUUACUACUAGAUCAAAUGGUUAAUGUGCUACCAAAAGAGAGUAGUUUUAAAAUGUUACUAUCUCUGUGCCUCCGCUCGAGAUUUAUAACAAAUGAUAAUUUAUCAGAAGUGUUUGAAGAAGGAGCAAUUAAUACGCAUAUAGAAUACUGGCCAAUUGCUAAGAGCGCCUUAAAGAGGUUAGAAUAUUUACUGUGUGAAGAUGAAAACAUUAAAUCUUCUAAUCUCAAGGAUUCAAGAAUAUUACGUGCUCAAACUUUACACAAUGUCAUUUCUCACAAUGAGUUUCCUUUAAUUUCCAGUGCUACUAAAUCUAAUUUAUGUGCAAUUUUGGAAGAUAUUAUUCACUUUAGAGUCGCUGAUAGUGGAUGUAAUAUAGAAAAAGAGUUUUUAAAUAAUUUAAAACAUGGCAUUCCAUCAAAUUUAGACAGUUCUGAAUCAUUAAGAAUCAAAAUGCUGUUAACCCAGCUGUUUACAAUUUGUUAAAAUGACUUUUUUACAGUGUUUUUGUAUUUGUGAAUUUGUACCUGUUUACUAAAGUAAAUUACAAUGUACGUAUA